GCAGCGGGAGGAGGAGGAGGCGGGGGCCGGGACAUAACCGAGGAGGAGGAGGGAGAGGGCUCGGCAGCUGCAGUGCUCAUCCCCCCGUACACGGCGAGCAUCCCCCGGAAUGCUGGGGAGCCCGGGGUCCCUGAGCGCGCCCCUGAGCUGAGCCCCGGGCCCCCCGGAGCCCCGUCUUCACAGCUUGUGUGCAGGGGCCGCGGUACGUGCAUGUCCACGGGGGGGAGAUUUAACUUUGACGAUGGGGGGUCUUACUGCGGCGGCUGGCAGGACGGCAAGGCGCACGGCCACGGCAUCUGCACGGGUCCCAAGGGCCAGGGCGAGUACACGGGCUCCUGGAGCCACGGCUUCGAGGUGCUGGGCGUCUACACCUGGCCCAGCGGCAACACCUACCAGGGCACCUGGGCGCAGGGCAAGCGCCAUGGCAUCGGCGUGGAGAGCAAGGGCAAGUGGGUGUACCGGGGCGAGUGGACCAACGGCUUCAAGGGGCGCUACGGGGUGCGGGAGUGCGCGGGCACCGGCGCCAAGUACGAGGGCACCUGGACCAACGGGCUGCAGGAUGGCUACGGCACCGAGACCUACUCCGACGGAGGUACUUACCAAGGUCAGUGGGCGGCAGGAAUACGCCAGGGCUAUGGAGUGCGCCAGAGCGUCCCAUAUGGAAUGGCUGCCGUUAUCCGCUCCCCCCUUCGGACCUCUAUAAACUCCCUCCGCAGCGAGCACACCAACGGGACGGCGAUGCAUCCGGAUGCCUCCUGCGGGGUGGCGGGCAGCCCGGCUGUCUCUCGAGGGGGGUUUGUGUUGAUGGCCCACAGUGACGCUGAGAUGUUAAAGAACAAGAAGAAGGGAAUCUUCAGGAGGUCCAUCCUCAGUGGCCUGAAGCUGCGCAAGUCCGAAUCAAAGAGCUCCCUCGCCAGCCAGCGGAGCAAACAGAGCUCGUUCCGCAGUGAAGCCGGCAUGAGCACCGUGAGCUCCACCGCAAGCGACAUCAACUCCACCAUCAGCCUGGGCGAGGGCGAGACGGAGCUCUCGGUCAUCGAGGAUGACAUCGACGCCACCACCACCGAGGUCUACAUGGGGGAAUGGAAGCACGACAAGCGCUCGGGUUUUGGCGUAAGUCAGCGCUCGGACGGUCUGAAGUACGAGGGGGAGUGGGCCAAUAAUAAGAGGCACGGGUACGGAUGCAUGACUUUUCCUGAUGGGACGAAGGAGGAAGGGAAAUACAAGCAAAAUGUCCUGGUGAGCGGCAAGAGGAAGAACCUGAUCCCUCUCAGAGCCAGCAAGAUCCGGGAGAAGGUGGACCGGGCCGUGGAGCAAGCCGAGAGGGCCAGUAACAUUGCCAAGCAGAAAGCCGAGAUCGCAGCCUCCAGGACGUCACAUUCCAGGGUGAAGGCUGAUGCAGCUGCCGCAGCGGCUCUCAAGGCGCAGGAGGAAGCGCAGAUCGCCAGGAUUGCUGCCAAAGAGUUCUCUCCAUCCUUCCAGCACCGGCAAAAUGGGCUAAAGUGCCAGAGGCCAAAGCACCAGAACUCAUGUGAUGACAUCGAGGUCAUCUCAACGGAGACGCCACCACCACAGGACAGCCCAGAACUGUACCGGAAAGGGACAACGCCGUCAGACGUGACACCAGACGACAGCCCCAUGAGAAGCCCCCUCUGCAGCCCGCCGUCCACCCCGCCCCCACCGCAGCCAGCACCCAAGUCUAGGAAUAAGAGCGCCCACUUUUCUAGACAGUUGUCCGUGGACGAGGACCGGGGAGUGGACAUUCAGAUGCUGCUGGAGGGACGGGCCGGGGACUAUGUGAGGCCCACCAGCUGGGUUGAGGUCGGUGGGAGCAGGGUCGGGAUGUCUGCAGGGAGCCCGCUGGGCCCUUGUUCCAUCCCUGAAGACCUCAUGAUGAAGAGCACCGGCCACAAACACGUGGUCUCCAACCACAAGCCAAGAGAGCGGUGGGCCGACUCCCCGACCACCGUCUCGUGGACUUCCCAUAGGACCCACAACCACAGUCCUGGCGGGAACAAGCUCCUGGAGGUGGACGAGGAAAAGCUCAGCAACUACGAGAUGGAGAUGAAGCCGCUGAAGAGGAUGGAUUCUUAUAUGCAAGAGAUUCACACCCAAAAAAGACAUUACAGCAAAGCCGGGCCCCGGAACCCAGUCGAGGGCCACCACCUAGAGGACCGCAUGUAUGGAGUCCAGAGACUGAGGUCCAAACCUCAGAACAAGGAGAACUUGAGGCCACCAGCCUCCGCCGAGCCCGCCGUGCAGAAACUGGACACCUUGCGGUUUGGAGAGAAAGGGGAGUCGCGACUCCUGAGGCGAGACUUAACCCUUUCCCCGCCACAGAAAUCUUUACCUGUUGCACUAGAAUCUGACGAGGAGAAUACAACGGAGCUCAAACCCACGGGCUCUGCCCCCAUCCUGGUCGUCAUGGUGAUUUUGCUAAACAUCGGAGUCGCCAUUUUGUUUAUUCACUUUUUCAUUUGACGGAAAUUGCUCCAAUGUUUGCAAAAAA